UGUAUAUCUGUUAUCUAUGGACAUGAAGUAUGUUAUUGGUAAAAUAAAAUGAGUUAUGGUUUAGUGCCCAGUAAAAGUACGGUGUAUAUAUCUAAUCUACCGUACGAAUUGAAAAACAAUGAUCUUCAUAAAAUAUUUGAAAAAUAUGGUCGACUAGUAAGAGUGACUGUGUUAAAAGAUCGAACAAGCAAGAAAAGUAGAGGCGUUGCAUUUCUCUUGUACUUAUGUAGAGAAGACGCCAAAAAGUGUGUAGAAAAUACUCACAUGAAGGAAUUAUUUGGAAGAACAUUAAAAGCAAGCAUUGCGAAUGAUAAUGGUAGGAGUACUGAGUUUAUUCGGAAAAGGGUUUAUCCAGAUAAGAGUUUUUGCUAUGAAUGUGGAGCAGAAGGUCAUCUAAGCUACAGGUGUGACAAAAAUUUGCUAGGAGAUAGGGAGCCACCUCCUAAAAAGGCUAAGAAGAAGGCGAAAAAGUCAGACAGCUCAUCUAUAUCUCAUCCAGAUGAAUGCCAAUAUUUCGAGGAAGACUGUGAAACUCUUGGGGCAGCAAUUGCUUUAGAGCAUGAAAAAUAUGAAAUUGAAAAUCGUAGACAAGAAGUAGCUUCUGAAGAAUAUAAUGAUAGCCAGGCUGGUUUUAGAACACCAAAACGCAGAAUAAAAAGCAGUUACUUUAGUGACGAAGAGGAAACUGAUUAGGAAUAAAAAGGUUUAUAUAGUAUGGGUGUCAUCUCAGGAAGUACCUGUCACUUUUAACGGAGGUAAAUAAAUACAGUUUGCCUGUUGUUUUUAUCUGGUUUGAUGUCAUUGGCGAGCUAAAAUAAUAAAAAAAAUAUUUAAUUUUCCUCUAACGCUUUUCUAUUUUUAAUUUUA